CCUGGGGGUGGAGGGCGGCCUCACAUCUCUGGGCCUGGAUCUGCAGCCAAGGAAGGGGCGCGCGAAUAUCGGAAUCUCCACUCCCAGACUCUCUGGGGGCUGGGCAGGGCCCCCUCCCUGACCUAGUUAGAGGCUCUUCCAGGGCGGGCCUUGCGGAUGGGAGGAAACACCCUUCCAGGGGCCCGCGGGGUCUGGGGGCCCGGGCAGAGAAAGGUCUGGGUCCCCUACCACCGCAGGAAAAGCAGGGGUGGGGUGGGGCUGCCCGAGAGCUGGGCUCUGGUGGAGGGAACCUGUGAGGGGCUGGAGACCACUCCCCUGCUUGUCAGAAGCGGCCUGUGCACGGGGAAGGAAGUUAGUCUCACCUCCAACCCAUGGGCAUCCCUUCUGCUCAAGAGCCUGAGAAGUGGGCUGCUCUGAGGGCAGGGAGAGACCCCGCGUGGGGGGCCACACUGGACCCAGCAGCACCUGUCUCCCAGGCCCUCCUCCUCCUCCUGCUGCUGGGCACCCAGGGCCAGGGCAGCACUCCCAGCCCCAGGUGUGACUGCGCCCACAACUUUCAGAAGAGGAACAGUCAAUUCUGUUGCGGGGUCUGUCCAGCAGGGCAGUACCUAGCGGCCCGCUGCACUAAGCCUUGUGGCAAUGUCACCUGCCUUCCGUGCCCCCAGGGCACCUUCCUGGCCAGGGAGAACCACCGCGAGACUAGCUGUACCCGCUGCCUGGCCUGUGAUGAGCAGGCCUCCCAGGUGGCCCUGGAGAACUGCUCAGCAGUCAGCAAUACCAGGUGCGGUUGUAAGCCAGGCUGGUUUGUGGAGUGCCUGGUGGCACACUGCAUCGGAGGCUCACCCUUCCACUGUCAGCCGUGCCGAGACUGCGAGGCCCUGCACCGCCACACGCGGGUGCCCUGUUCCAGCAGAGACACUGAAUGUGGGACCUGUCUGCUUGGCUUCUACGAAUAUGACAACAGCUGUGUGUCCUGCCCCACGAGCACGCUCUGGAGCUGUCCUCAGCCCUGCGCCGCCGUCUGUGGAUGGAGGCAGAGUAGGUGGUGUGCGGGGAACGCCGAGGGAGAGCUGGGGUGGGCCGAGGGGAGGUUGGGGGUGGCUACCACCCACCACCCACCAGCUCCUCUUUCAGUGUUCUGGGUCCAGGUGCUCCUGGCAGGCCUGGUGGUUCCGCUUCUGCUCGGUGCCACCCUGACCUACACAUAUCGCCGCUGCCAGCCCUGCAAGGCCGUGGUUUCUGCAGGCGGAGCUGGGAUGGAGACCCUGCCCACCCUGCCGGCCACCCACCUCUUAUCCCCGGACAGUGCCCAGACCCUUCUGGUGCCACCCAGCGGCAGUGAGAAAGUCUGCAUCAGCCAGUUGGUAGGCAACAGCUGGACCUCCGGCUGCCCCCAGACCCAGGAAGCUCCCUGCCCGGAGGUGCCAUGGUCCUGGGACCAGCGGCCCAGCAGGGCUCUAGGCCCACCGCCGCUUUCGCCAGCGCCCCCUGCCGGUUCGGCGGCUGCCAUGCUCCAGCUGGGCCCACAGCUUUACGACGUGAUGGACGCGGUGCCCGCGCGGCGCUGGAAGGAGUUCGUGCGCACUCUGGGGCUGCGCGAGGCCGAGAUCGAGGCCGUGGAAGUGGAGGUUGGACGUUUCCGAGACCAGCAGUACGAGAUGCUCAAGCGCUGGCGCCAGCAGCAGCCCGCGGGCUUGGGCGCCAUCUACGCGGCCCUGGAGCGCAUGGGGCUGGACGGUUGCGCUGAGGACCUACGCAGCCGCCUGCAGUGCGGCCCGUGAUGCGCGAUCCACUUCAGCUGGGGGCUCGGGGCCCUUGCAGAAGCCCUAAGUACCGUUACUUAUGCGUGUAGACAUUUUAUGUCACUUAUUAUGUAUGCCUCUGGCAGGGCCCUGCGUAGCAGCGCCAGCCGACCUCACCCCUGCGCGCCCCCAGAGUUCAGGUUAACGCAAAGAAGCAUUGACGAACACCGGGAGGGUGACAAUAAAUUCCUUGGCUGUUUCACAGCCUGAGUUUGGCCGAGGCCAUGGUAUUAAAUCUAAGGAAAA